AACUGUACAAAACCAAAGAUACAAGUUUUGACGUUUCGUUCUAAACCGACUGGUGCAGUUCCCGAUGAGCUUGCAAUAAUUUGAGGAGUUGAAUUUGUAUUGUAAAAAUUGUACGAGGAAUCCGUUCGUUUGUUAAUCAUUUACGCAAGAGUUCUCCAAAAUGACUCAAUCUUCCAAGAUGGAGGUAGAUCCUCCUAAAGGGGAAGGCUUCCGGUCCUACUACAUCCAAAAAAUCGAAGAACUUCAACUGAUCGUCGCUGAGAAGAACCAGAAUCUGCGCCGUUUACAGGCUCAGCGGAAUGAGCUGAACGCCAAGGUUCGGAUGCUUCGUGAAGAACUGCAACUACUGCAGGAGCAGGGAAGUUACGUGGGGGAGGUGGUGAAGCCGAUGGACAAGAAGAAGGUCCUGGUAAAAGUUCACCCCGAAGGCAAGUUUGUGGUUGACAUCGACAAGAACAUUGACAUCAACGAUGUUACCCCGAACUGCCGAGUGGCCCUGCGCAACGAAAGCUACACGCUGCACAAAAUCCUGCCGAACAAGGUUGAUCCGCUGGUGUCUCUUAUGAUGGUCGAAAAGGUACCGGAUUCGACUUACGAAAUGGUCGGUGGGUUGGAUAAACAGAUUAAAGAGAUCAAGGAGGUGAUUGAGCUGCCGGUGAAGCAUCCGGAACUGUUUGAUGCGCUUGGCAUUGCCCAGCCGAAGGGAGUGCUGCUGUAUGGGCCUCCGGGAACUGGAAAAACACUGUUGGCCAGGGCUGUCGCUCAUCAUACUGAGUGUACAUUCAUUCGUGUUUCUGGUUCGGAGCUGGUGCAAAAGUUUAUCGGGGAGGGUUCUCGAAUGGUGCGGGAACUUUUCGUGAUGGCCAGAGAACACGCUCCAUCCAUCAUUUUCAUGGACGAAAUUGAUUCGAUUGGUUCGUCUCGUAUUGAAAGCGGUAGCGGCGGUGAUUCUGAAGUUCAACGAACUAUGCUGGAACUACUUAAUCAGUUGGACGGUUUCGAGGCGACGAAGAACAUCAAGGUGAUAAUGGCAACCAACCGUAUUGACAUCCUGGAUCCGGCGCUGCUGCGUCCCGGUCGUAUCGAUCGUAAAAUCGAAUUCCCUCCACCAAACGAGGAGGCUCGGCUGGAUAUUUUGAAGAUCCAUUCACGCAAGAUGAAUCUAACGCGUGGAAUUAAUCUGCGCAAAAUUGCGGAACUCAUGCCCGGUGCGUCUGGGGCCGAGGUCAAGGGUGUGUGCACCGAAGCUGGGAUGUAUGCAUUGCGAGAGCGCCGAGUCCACGUUACCCAGGAGGACUUUGAAAUGGCGGUGGCCAAGGUUAUGCAGAAGGAUUCGGAGAAAAAUAUGUCGAUUAAAAAACUUUGGAAGUAAAUGGAUGAAAUGUUUUUUGUGUGUAUCCUUAGAUCAUAUAAUCUUAUGAAUAAAACUGAAAGCUUAUGAUAAA